GGCGACGGCGCUAAUGAUGUCGGAGCUCUUAAAACAUCUAAUUGUGGCAUAAGUUUAGCUGAAACUGAGGCUUCAGUUGCUUCUCCUUUUACAUCUAAGACACCAAAUAUCUCAUGUGUUUUAGUACUACUAAAGGAAGGCAGGGCUUCAUUGGUAUCGGUGUUCGGUAUAAUAAAGUAUAUGUCCUGUUAUAACAUCACAUCAUUCAUUGCAGUGCUUAUUCUCUAUUCGUAUCGCUCAAACAUAACUGAUAUCCAAAAUUUAUAUCAAGAUAUGCUUCUUAUAUCUCUUUAUGUAUUCCUUUUUGGCAGAACAGGUGCUCACUAUAAGCUGAGUCCAAUCCGACCGCCAACGAGCCUCAUAAGCAUAACUCAAUUAUCGUCAAUAGUUUUGCAUUUGGUUUUAGUAUUACUUUUUCAAAUGACAGCAGUUAUGCUUCUUUGGCAACAAGACUGGUAUGAAGUGCACAAACCAAGUGAUGAACUCGACUAUCAAUCGCACAUCAAUUACACGGUGUUUACGAUUCAAGUGUUUCAAUACAUAUCACUAGUUAUUGUCUUUUCAAAAGGUCGUCCCUAUAGGAAACCUAUUUAUACAAACAAAUUAUUGCUAACCGUUAUUAUAAUAACCACAUUAUUAACACUAUACAUAUGUAUAGCACCUGACUAUCCCAGUUGGACAGCCAAUUUUUUUGAGAUUGAAACCGAAAAUUUUUCGUUUGAAUUUCGAGGCAUUUUAAUAGCUCUUACUUUAGUUCACUUUGUUUUGGCUCUACUUCUUGAAGAGUUUAUAAUUGGAAAGUUAAUCGCAGAAAAAUUGGUUGGUUUGACUAAAGAAACUAAUUAUGAAAAAAUAAUAAAACAGUUAAAUAAGUUUUACUGUAUUCGUUAA